AUGACAUUAUUACAGGUCAUCAUCAUUCUUGUUGUCAUAAUUUCUUAUUCAACUGCAUGGCAACAUUAUUACAAUCUCUAUCAGACAGAUUCAAUUCAUCAUGAUUUAUCAAGUGAUUGUAUUUAUCAUAUGAUAGAUAAUCAGCAGGAUUUAGAUAGCAAAAUAUAUAAAACAAAGCAGCUUAUUGAGUAUUGCAUUAGAUCAAAUUUAAAAAAGGAAGAUGACGUCAUCAAAGGAUCAAUAUCUUCGAUAUUAACAUUCGACCAGCUGAAGAAAGACAAUGUGACUGUUGAAAGUCUAAUAAAAUGGUCAAGUCCUAUUGAUCUUAUUGAACAUUAUCAAACCUUUUUAGAAAUGAAUAACUCAUUAUCAAUGAAGCUUUUUUAUAAUUGUACUGUACCAUGGUUUGGACCAUUCUGUCAAUACCGGUUUCCUCUAAAUCAAACUUUUUCGAACAUUGUCGAUAUAACAUUCAACACGAAAACGAAAGCUAAUUUUCAUGGAAAAUUCACAUGUUAUAUGCACAUAAAAUGUGAUCGUGGCUCUUCUCUCAUAUGCCUCGAUUGGCGUGAGAUAUGCGAUGGAAAAAUCGAUUGUCUUGAUGGUGGCGAAGAUGAAAAACACUGUCUUGAACUUCAGAUAAAUCAAUGUGUCGACAAUGAAUAUCAAUGUCGAAGUGGAAUGUGCAUUGAUGAAGCAUUUUUACUAGAAACUACUAUCAACUAUUUAGUCAGCCAUGAAUGUAUAGACGAAUCGGAUGAACCGACUAAAUUUGGUGUUAGAAUUCAUUGUCUAAAAGAUCCAAGCUUUCGAUGUGAAGAUACUGUCUGUCCAUAUCCUAAUGCAUUUAACUGUGGUGAUGGUAACUGUGCGUACUGGCCUGUAAUACAAUCUUCAAACAGGUGCAAAAAUAAUCGAGAUCAAGUAUUCAACUUCAGAUAUAAUUGGCACAAUGAAGAGGAUACAAGAUUUCCUAGUUGCUUUAAAUUUGCAAUUUGCUCAUCAAACAUUUUCAAACCAAAUGAAUUUGAUACUUAUUGCAAGUAUUUAUGUGAAAAUGCAUCAAAAUGUAAAUUCAAUCUGGGAAAUUGUUCGUCAUACUUUUUUGCACCUGAUUUUCCUGUGUGGGAUGGCCAUGUAAGACUAGGUUACUUUUCUAAUCAAACAUUAAUCAAACAUACUGUUGGCCUGCCACAUUUUUUCUGCUUUAACAAGCAUAAGUGUCCAUUUCUUAUUCCAACAUUCGAAGUUGAUAAUUACACGUGUUUACAUACUCACACACUGGAAUUUUCAUCUCAAGCUGAUCUUUACAAUGUAUUUAUUUCCUGCAUUCAUCUCUAUGAAAGUAUUAAUGAUAGUUCUUGCACACAUUCGUCGAUGGUAAAUUGUUUAGGAACAAACAAAUGCAUUCCAAAACAUCAUAUUAUGGACGGUAUUCCAGAUUGUUAUAAUGCUUUUGACGAAUCCAUUGCAUCCAACUCAUGCUCAUUAAAUGAUAAAUAUCGUUUUCAUUGUACAUCCGAAAACAAAUGCCUAUCACCUACGAUGGUAGAGAAUGAUCUAUAUGAAUGCAUUGGUGGAGAAGAUAAUUCUCAUAGUAUUGGAGAGAUAGCUCAUAUUCGACAACUUCCUUUCUCCGCUCUGUGUGACAGUACAAGAGAUCUAUCUUCUUCAGUAAAUGAAACUGACGAGACUCAUUGUGAGCAAUGGCCAUGCGUUAAUCAAUAUACACGAUGUAAUGGAGUAUGGAAUUGUCCGAAAGGAAUCGAUGAAAUCAAUUGCCCAUCAAAAUUUAACUGUCCUAAAGAUUAUCAUCCUUGUGUCUUUCCGAAAAAUCAAACAGUGGGAUGUUUACAUCUAAACCGUACUGAUGAUGGCAUUGUAGAUUGUCUAGGAGCAACCGAUGAAAGAACACUUUGCCGAAUAUCAUAUCCAACUGAUGGACAUCUGCGUUAUCAAUGCUGGAAUGACUCGAAAUGUAUUGAUUUCUCAUUUCGUUGUAGUGAAUGCAAACACUUAGAUGGCAUUGAGGAAUUAUGUCGACAUCCUGAUAAUGAAAUUUUAGACACGUUAGAAUAUUUUCAAUACAUGCAUGAUAUUUAUCUUGUAAUUAAAUUACCAUUUUCCCCUCAAUCUUCGCGUCCAUUUCCAAAGAAACAAAUUUUACCAUUCGUUGACAAAGACAUCCAAUAUCAAACAUUUCAAACGAAUGCUUUGAACAGAAAUGAUGAAUUGGAUAUUAGACAAGCAUGGCUAUGUCAUCGAGGUAUUUUAAUUUACUAUGGAAAAAGUGAAAGUGAACAGUGUCUCUGUCCACCGAGCUAUUACGGUGAUCGUUGUCAAUACCAAAAUCAACGUGUUAGUUUAACUCUUCGAUUUCACUACGAAAAUUUGGAUAAGCUUACUGCUCUUGGUAUGCUAAUUACUUUAGUUGAUAAUACUGGUUUCAUUCAUUCGUAUGAACAAUUCACUUACAUACCUAUUCAUGAUUGCAAUACUAAAUUUAAUAUUUAUCUGCUCUAUCAAGAUCAACCGAAGGAUAUAACAAAAAACUAUACAGUUCAUAUUGAUGCUUAUGAUAAAAUCAACCUUAUUUAUCUUACAAGUUGGACAUUACCAGUGAAAUUUCUUUUCAUGCCUGUCAAUCGUAUGAGUGCUCAAUUGACAAUUCCAGCAAGGCAUCAUUGUCAAAUAUUAUGCAACUCAAUAUAUCAUGAGCAAAAAAGAAAUAAUAAUAUCGGAUCUUGCCAAUGUGAGUUGAAAAAAUCUGAAAUGAUUUUCAGUAAUCAUAGCAAUUGUAAUUGUUCACCAGAUUCUAUUUGUGUUGGUAUUUUAAAUAAUCGAUCGAUAUGUCUUUGUCCCUUAACAAAGAUGUCAUCUCGAUGUUUUCUUAAAUCAAUCUGUCAGAAUAAUACAUGUAUGAAUAGAGGUCUUUGUGUACCAUAUAAUGAUCGAAUUUCUUUUACAAAUUUCACAUGUAUCUGUCAAGAUGGAUUUUCUGGUAAACGAUGUGAACACAAGGAUGUCAAAAUUGAUAUUUCAUUUAUUGAUGUGCCGAUACCUCAAUCUCUUCUAGUUCACUUUAUUACAGUGCGCGACUAUGAUUUAUAUAGUCUUGAUCCAGCACCAGUUCGAGCGACCAUGUUUAAGAAAAUAGGAUUUGAUCAAGAUACUGUUACUUUUUUCAUGUCAUUACCAUUUCAUCUUGUCUUCGCUCAAAUUGAAACUAAAUUUUAUCUUAUCGUACUUCAACACAACUAUACAGCUUCUGUAAUAAUUGCUACAGAAGUUGCUCGACCUACAUACUGUCCACAUAUUCAAGAAUUGUUCAAUGAAUCAAUUAUUAAUUAUCCAGUUCUUCAUCGAGCUAAAUACUAUCAUCUUGCAUGUAUGAAACAUUCUAAUCUUGUUUGUUUUCAAGACAGUGAAAUAUUUAUGUGUCUCUGUACAGAAGAAAGACAUGCCAAUUGUUUUCAUUUCGAUUUUAAUAUGACUUACAAUUGUAGGGGUUCGAAAAUUUGUCAAAAUGAAGCUCAAUGUUUUCAAGAUAAUCCAACAUGUCCAACAAAAACUAUGUGCGUCUGUCGAGAAUGUUUUUAUGGUACACAAUGUCAAUUCACUACACAACAAUUUGGUCUCUCACUCGAUGCAAUUUUAGGCUAUAAGAUUCGUCCUCAUCUAUCUAUUAUUAGACAAUCUAUAUAUGUCAAAAUUAGUAUUAUUGUAGCAUCAAUCAUGUUUUGUGUUGGUUUAAUUUCUGGAAUUCUAUCGAUUUUAACUUUUCAAUCAAAACCAUGUCAAAAAUUUGGCUGUGGUUUUUAUAUUCUUGUAUCAGCCAUAACAUCAAUUCUAACCAUCACUGUUUUUAAUUUAAAAUUAUGGUUUCUGAUUCUUUCUCAAACGUCUACGAUUACUUCGCAUGGUUUUCUCUUGAUUAGUUGCAUUUUAAUUGAAUUUAUUCUUCGAUUUUUGUUAGCCAUUACUGAUUGGUUCCAUGCUUGUGUCGCUGUUGAACGGCUCUUUACUGUCAUUCUUGAUAUCAAUUUUAACGUGGCAAAAAGUAGAAAAAUGUCAAAAUUAGUUGUAUUUGGUAUUCUAUUGUGUACAUCUGUUUCUCUUUUACAUGAUCCUAUUCAUCGUCGUCUAAUUGACGACGAAGAAGAACAACGAACUUGGUGUCUGAUUAAUUUUAAACCCAGUGUGGAAAUCUACAAUUCAUUUAUUAACAUUUUUCAUUUCAUUGUUCCUUUUUCGCUUAAAGUUAUCUCAGCUAUUGGCAUUAUCAUUUGUAUUGCAAAGAAACGCGCAUUCGUCAACCAAAACAAUUCACACACACAACAUAUAAAAGAACAAUUUCGUAAUCAUAAACAUAUGAUAAUUAGUGCGAGUUUCUUAGUUAUCUUAGCUUUACCACGUUUAAUUAUUUCUUUUUCGUUUGGAUGCAUGAAAGCAGCAAGAAAUCCUUCACUGUUCUUGCUUGGUUACUUCGUUUCGUUCAUUCCGUCACUACUCACAAUUUUCAUUUUUGUCUCAACUUCGAAAACAUAUGGACAAGAAUUCAAAUCAAUGACUAGACGAAAAUGGGUUGCAUUUCGGCGUCGUUUCAACUGAUAAUAAUUCAUUACAUAAAAGCUUGCAUCUUAUAGACUUUCUAAAUGUUAAUGUGGGGUGUGGGUGUGGGUUGGGGUUUGGGUGUGUGGGUGUGUGGGUGUGAGGAUGUGGGUGGGUGUGAGGGUGUGGGUGGUGUAGGUGUGGCUAUUGGUGUGGGUGUGGGUGUGGGAUAUUUCUCAUCCACAUCCACAUCCACCCAUACCCACACCCACAUCCUUUUUAGGUUGUGGAUGUGAGUGUGAGUCCUCUCUAUCAUAAUACUCACACUCCACACUCCACACCCACAUUCACAACCACAUCCACACUCAAAACCACAGCCACAACCACACGCCCACGCUCACAUGUAAAUGUACUCAAUGGUGUGAAUUAUAAAGUCUCACGAACCGGAAGCAAGUAAUCUGUAUUCAAAUAAAUGCAAAAGAAAAUGUGAAAUACAACUUUUCACAUCUUCCCGAAUUUGAUGCGACAAGAUACUGAACUUGGUAAAAAAUUGAAGAUUUCACGAACAAAGAAUCCGAAUAAACCGUGUGCUCAUCAUGCGUCUUUUGCCUUCUAUUAUGCGAUGCAUCUCAUUCUUUGCAUCAUUUAUAAUACUACUUUAGAUCAAAGACAAUUGUUGUACUAAUUAAGAUAGGAUGUCUGUUUACCUUAGCUGGUUUCAAAACAUUUUUCAUUAGGAACUUGUCAUGUUGACUUAAAAGUGUCAGCUAGAUUUGAAAUUUUCCUGUCUUUGCAAUCGAACAGAAUAUGACUGAAAUAUUUUUAUUUUUAACAAGCAAAAAUUUAUAUUUUCUGCAACAGCAUUUUCUCGCUUUUAUUAUUGCCUCAAGUUACUAGUUUUUGUAACAACUCAUUUAAUUCUAUUGCAAUUUUGUUGUUACUAUUAUCCCAGUUUGAUAAGCAGCAUGUCCUUCGCUUUUAUUACGGUCCUUGUUUUACAUAUUCGAUAGUCAAUCAUCCUUUGAACAGAAUAUGAAAAUGAAGUACAUCUUAUCUUCUAAAUGUGCUCACUUUCUUGUCUGCAGCCAAGAUCAUUUGGAUGACUUCUAGUAAAAUAUAUGAUACUUAGUUUGCAAUAGAUAAUUAGUAAAUUCACUCACGAUUAUCAACAGCGACAGAAUCAAAUGUUCCAUUGGAGGAACCAGAAGGUUGAUCAUUAUCAUCGUUAUCAUACAUGAUUGUUUGGUCUACAAUGAUUCAGAUAUACGUAUUUAAAAUUAUCUCUCGACAUCAACAUUCACCUUGUCGCCAAAAUUUAUCUACACGUAUGAGGAUAUAGCUUACAAUUUUGAAGAUAGAAAUGUGCACGGCUAACUAAAGCAGUAGCAGAUUUAUAGUAGACAUACACCAAUCCCGAUUCAUGUUCAUUCCAACUUCAAGCAACUCUGACUCAAGAAUUGGUAUUGCUGAAUGCCUAAUUUUUCGAGAAAACAGAGGAAGUAAUUGUUCCGUAUAUCCAAACACUUUUUCCAGUAUCUAGACUAGUAAAGACCCAAAAAUUACUUCAUGUAAUAUUUUACUUGACUUUAACAAAAAUUUCAUGACUAUGAUUGCCCCAUUUCACCAAAAAUCUUACAUCCUUAACUGAACUGUAGUACAGCGUGUUCAUAUCUACUUGUAACUAAAACUUGAAAGCUGACUACUCUAAUGGUCUCCUCAAAUAAAUGUAAAAUUCCUCGUAUUUUCAUCUAAUUAAAAAUGCGACUUAGCUUAAAUUGAUUUCGAAUCUUUUUGAGCUCCAUCAAAAUCCUGAAUCUCGCAUUUUUAUUUUUCAUUUAGUAACCAAUUUUCAUUCGUUAAUUAUAAAAAAACAAUGUUCUUUCCUAAAUAUAAUAUUCAUAAAGAUUAUUCUACCAAAAUUGAAUACUCUGAUUUAAUUUUAAUAAUAACUCAUCUUGUAUAAAAAGUUGAAAUUCGACUAUAAAUAAAGUCAUGCAACGAUCAACUUCAAUCCACAUAAGAAAAAACAAUUAUCAUAAAGGUCGUAUUUGUAAGCAAUACAAAUGCAAAUCUAUGCAUUACAAUCUAAUUAAAAAUGUCUGAGUCGUAUACAAGAACUCAACACACAUGCGAUCAUACAGGCAAGUAACCUACACAAUAUUACUUGCGGAAGUGCAAGUCCAAACGAUGUGAUUAUACCACACCGAGUGAAUAAAUCGGAAUUUUUUGCCUUGCAAAUCGCUCAGAGAAAUAAAAAAGUUCGUUAUUCAUGUAGACUUUAAUAAUUUCGAUUGUAUGAAUACAUCUCAACUUGAAUUUUAAUAUAGCUAACAAGAUACAUGUAUCAAAUUAUUAACUUUGAUUAUUGAUAUAUUGAAUAAAAUCUCGACGAAUGUUACUUUCUUUUUAUUUUUAUCGCAUUAAUAUCGGUAGGUCUAUUUAUAUUGAGAAAAUAAAUAUAUGUUGGUAUGCAACUUACUUAAAUUGUGCGAUGAUGAUGAUGUACGUAGAGUAUGAGACUUAUGAUCAUUUUCACACCAUUUAUAUACAUAGACGAUGCUGUAGAUAAAUAUACGUGUUAUUCAGUGAAAGAACGAUAAAUGUCAUCGCUGAUAUUUAUUAGAUAUUGGAAAAACGGUAACAUUUGAUUUUUUCUUGGAUAUUUCCAAGUGUAGAAAAAGAGAGUAGUUGGAUAAAACUCAAGCAUUUUCUUUUUCCGUUCUGUAUGUUUGUCUGUGAGCGCACUAUUAUCACUUCCCGACAUCGAUUAUGAUUUAAUGAAAAGGAUGUGGGCGAUAAAAAGGUUACCCCCGAUAUCCUACUCUUUUUUUAUUCUUUACCUUCAUUCAUACUUGAUACUUUACUCUUUUUUAGUGGCAAAGUUUCGCUCGAUCUGUUCGGUACUUAGGGCUUUUUCGUCAUCACAUUCUUAACUUCACUUGAGUUGGUACUAUGACUUGCAGCUUUAUUAAUUUUCAUAGUACGUUGGGACAAAUCGAAUGUAUUAUUAACAGAUAGCUAAAUACGUUUAUAUCGCAGAUAUUUUUACUCUUUAAUUAACAACCCAGGUCGUUGAUGCCCGGCCGUAAACGGUCGUACACCAAUCAUUUACGACGAAAAACGACAGCGGUUUACAGUGACCGUUUACGUCAAUCAUAUACGGCGUUUUACGGCGUAUUACGUUAAUUGUAAACAAUGACAGUAAACGUUCGUCCUUUACAACAACCGUAAAAAUACGGCGACAGUAAACGAUGCUCGGAUAACAUCGUAAGAUAUCGCAAACGG